GAGAAAAAGGGGUAUUGUUACAACAAAACCCUUACUUAGCACUUUAUAUUUCAAAUGCUUCAACAGUUUUUCUUUCUUUGUCUGGGUCUUUAAUAAAAGAUUUAAAAUAUUUUAAAUGAUGGUCAUUACACUGGGAGUGUAAUUGCCUUGCUGGCAAUAACUUGACACAGAAUCCCAGACCACACUGAAUUGUUUAAUGUUGGAACAGUGAACACAGAUUUCAUUAACAUCUUACCCCUUGUUGAGCUCAAGACACGCCCUUUACCAACACAAGAUCAAAUUGACUUCAGAGGGGCUACUCACAUGAUUUAAACUUAAGCACAUGUUUAGGUGACUUCUGAUUUGGGGCAAUCGCAUGUGUUGCCCAGCUAUUUGAGAGCACUGCUUUAUGCAUUCUGGAGGCAGGAGGCCCAUUCGUAUUUCAUGCAUUUAUAGUUUUCAAAUGAUUAUCCUUUUUUUUUUAAUUAAGGAAACUUUUUGUUGCAAAGCUUUACUUUUUUUCUUUUUAAAUUGAGGGCACAACAGUCACCUAUACACAAUGCUUUGGAUUGCCAGUUUCAGGCUAAAACCCAUCAAUCCCAAUAAAAAGCCUUCAAAACAAAACCUCAAGAAUAUAAUUACAUGAGAUAUAUGCCCCCCAAAUACCUGUAUCAAAACUAUGCAGAAAAAAAAUCCUGCUUCUUAUCUUCCUUUUUUGAUCUAAUUUCCAGGACUAUGCGACUUUUGAGGGGACCAGUAUUUGAAUCAAUUCUAAUAAAACUAGAUUUUUCAAACGCUUAAUGAGGCAAAAUUUCCUUAAGACAUAAAUACUGACAAUAAAAUAAUAAUAAUAAAUAAUAAAGACCUGCAAGAUAGACACCUUUGGUACAAAUCCAAGCUAAGGAUAGUCUAAUUUUUCAUAUCACCCCAUUAAUGUCUUGAUACUGGAGCGUCAUGGCUAUUAAAAUCUAUACGGUAUAGUAGUUGCUACGAUAUUUUGUUCAUGCAAAUUCUAGGAGGUUUACGGUAACAACUGUGUCUCCUAGGAGUUCUGUACAAUAAAAGACAAGAGUUCUACAAACAGCAGCGUGUGAUGUGGCUACUUCUUCCAUCGCAGGGUUCAGCCAGUUUCUUAGUGUUAUUUUUAUAAUGUCACAGGAUGGAAGCGGACAAUUAAAGAGCAGGUUAUGUUUCUCUGUUUUUCCCACUGCCCAGCUCAGUGCCCUGUUUUCUGAAUUGGAUUGGAGAUGAUGAAAGAGACCUCAAAGGACCUGGAGAGCCUGGAAUACAGGCUGGACUCUGCUCCUGUUCUGCGGUGUGAGAAGAAAACAGAUUUAGUGCCUGUUUGCCAAAUUUGUGAGACAUGUGUCUUGGCUUGGAGGGUCUUCUCUACCAAAGAGUGGUUCCUGCGGGCCAGCGAUGUCUCCCAAAGGAAGUUCCUGGUGGGGAUCGUGAAGCGACUCAACAGCCUGGAUUUGCUAAACUAUGCUGAGAAAGUCCUGCAGACCUCCCACGGGAAGGAUUUCACUUUCAGCCGGUCCCGAACCAGCUUCAAAGAAGACACGACCACAUCUGCUUCUGACUGGAUUUUAAAUACAGCAAUGCUAGAGCAAGCCAUGUUGGAGACCUGGAGGUGGUUCAAAACCAGUUCCUACUGGACUAAAGCAAACUACACUCUGCUCUUGUUUCAGAUGUGUAACCCUAAGUUACUGUUUAUGGCUGCUAGCCUGGUCAGAGAACAGAGUGCCAGCUCAAAAAAAGAAACAGAGGACGAGGAAGACAAAUUCACUGUGGCCUUCACUGAGACCCAAAGCAGCUUCAAGCUACAGGAACACACAGAAUCUAGCUCUCAGGUGCAAUUGCAACCCACAUCUCAAUCCUUCCUGACUUCUUCCACAGCCCUAGAAAGUGGGGUCUCAUCAGAAGGAACCAGCCAGUUUAGUGAAACAGGCAUAGGUGCCCAAAGGCAGAUACCGUGCUUCUGGCCCAGAGACCUGGCGCACAUCUAUUGUGCGAGAGCUGCGUCAGAGGAUGAGGAUACAUCCACCGUGUCUUCAAUCGACCCAGCCCUCGCCGUUGUCCCUGCAUCUUUCCAGUCAGCCUCCAGUGUCAACAAGUACAAGGACUUCAUCCGCUGCCUGCCGACCCACCUGUCCAAGUAUAUCCUGGGGUUUCUGGAUACAAAGAGCCUGAACAGGUGCACUUCUGUGAGCCACCACUGGGCUUUCCUGGUCAAAGACGUCAAGCAGGAACAUCUGUCACAUAGCCUAGUCCUGGAAGAGAUCGUGUACUUGCAGGGGUCGUGUCCUAGGGGAGCAUUUCCCAGCUAUGCUAAAAUGACCAUCGUUGUAAUUCCAAGGAUAACUAAAGAUGGAGAGAUCAUCCCAGCAAGAAGCCACAGAUGGAAACGCAGAGGAAAGGAGGAGAACAACCUACAGGGGGCUUAUCAUGGCCAGAUGACUGAAACUGUCCAGCUGGAGGAGAGAAACAUCUUCUGCGGCUCCUACAAUGUUCGUGUCCUUACAGACCAGUCAGAUCCACGCAGGGUAAUCCACUACAGUGGUGGGAACUUACUUGCCAUUGGCUCAGCGGACCACAAAGUCAGGUUCCUUAACGUGUUGGAGCUGAAGGAAGUGCCACCUGUGAUCAGUGGCCAUGCUGGGAGCAUCAAGGCAGUGUUCCUCAACGAGAAGAAAGGGUUCGUGCUGAGUGCCAGCUUUGAUCUCAGCAUCAGAUGCUGGAAUAUAUUCACUGGGGCUUGUGUGAAGAUCCUUAACGGUCACACGGGGACCAUCACUUGCCUGGACAUGUACAAAAACAGGAUUGUGUCAGGAGCAAGAGAUUGCAUGGUCAAAGUGUGGGAUUUAAACUCCGGGCGAUGCAUCAAAACUUUAAAACACAAAGAUGCCAUUUGGACAGCUAAAAUCAACAACACCCACAUUGUGAGCGGUUGCGAAAAAGGGUUGGUGAAAGUGUGGCACGCUGAUACGUGCGUGUUGAUCAAGACCUUAGAAGGGCACCAAGGCCCAGUAAAAUGCCUGGCCUUUGAUCAAUGGCAUCUAGUGACAGGAAGCUCUGAUGGAUUUGUCCUGGGAUGGAGCAUGGUGGGAAAACAUAAGAGAUGUCUAAUGGCUUUCAGGCACCCACAGGAAGUCCUGUAUCUGGCGUUUCUGUAUCUCCGAGUCAUCAGUGGCUGCGCUGAUGGAAAAAUACGUAUAUUUAACUUCCUGACUGGGACCUGCCUGAAGGUGAUGAGGGCCAAUAGCAGAGGUGACCCUGUGGUGUCCUUCUGCAUUGUAGAAAAUAGGAUGGUGAUCAAUGCUCUGAGCAGCAUAUUGAUGUUCCAGUUUGAGGAUGUAGAGUGGGACUACACGCUACAGGCCGACCGAGAGGAAGUAACAAAGGCUAAGGAAAAGCACAAUGAAAUCAGGGUCAGAAUGCUGCCCUAUCCCUAUGUUCACUCUCGGCACGUGAAACAUGAUGUAGACAGCCACAGGAAGACACUUUAUUCCGAGGAGAAACCAGAUGAGGACCAGAUAAUGUUGGCAUACCUGAUUCGCCGUCGGUCAACAAGGGAUUGCGGGACACCUUUAGGUCUUCGUUAUGAAUUUGUGAAGGCACCUGCUCCCUGGCCAAGUCAGACUUUGCAAAGGAGCAUGGGUUGCCUUGAUGUAAAACCGGACCAGAAGAAAAGGUUCUCUCUUCCUGGGAGACGACAGGUCUAUAGCAGUGAUUCAGAGGACUCAGGUCAAACAUAUGGUGCAGUAACACCACAAAGCUUGUCUGAAUCCGAUAGUGAAUCUGGCUACGACUCUCCAGUCCAUGCACCUUCACUUGCUGAAAACGCUAAGGCCUCUUUACAGCGUAUAAAGAAACGAGGCCCACAUUGUCCCAUAUCUCCUGACCAGAUCCUCCUGACUGUCAGCACGCUGCAGCACGCCUACAAGCAGGACCAAGUCAGCUCCAAUAUGAUGCACCAUACAAAAAUCAGGGAUGCCUGGGGACCUUCGCUGCUCCUCCAGGAACACCCUAAAGAGAAGACAUACAAAAUCCCUAAGCAAGAGAAAAAGGAUCAGUCAACCCAACUCAGACACAUUAAAUCUGCCAGUGGCUCUCUGAUUAUGAAGAGAAUUUCCACACCCUUUGAAACCAAAAGAUUGCAGCUCAAUUUGAAGAACUCUUUGCAUGGGUCCGCAGUCCACUCUUUCAUUCCUGCUCCCGUGAUUGUACGCUCCAAGUCAUGCUGCAGCUUGCCAGAAGAGAAGAAGGUUCAUACUGGCCAUGGCAGAGCCACUUCCCGAUCUGAGGGUGGGGCUCAGUUGAUUGGCCACUUAACAAGCUCAUCUGAAUCCAUCCAAUCAACACGCAUGAUGAUCGCACAAACUAAAAUUGAAGCAGGGAUCCAGAGAGAAAGUCCCUUCUUCUUACAAACCACAAAUCCUUACCGGAUGAAUACCGGGUUCAGGCUUCUGACAGUGAAGCAGAUGAAAAUGUAUGAAGAAGCUACAGCUGUUGAGUAUCAAGCUCACCGAAAAAAAUAUAUAGCAGACCAGCAAAAAGAGUGCAGGAAGGCCUGGUUAAAGAAAAUUAAAGGCCUCCCCAUAGACAAUUUCACGAAGGAGGGAAAAAUAGCUGCCCCCGAACUUGGGCUUAAUGUGUAUGUCUGA